AUGAUCAACGAUCUGACGACAUCAUCAGCCUCCAACUUCGAUGAGGCCAUGGAGCUGGUGAACUUCGGCACCAGGAUGCGAAGCAUCGCAUCCACGUCCAUGAAUCAUCGCAGUAGCCGCGCACACACUGUUUUCACCUUCCGCUUUGAGCAAACGUCCAAAGAUGGCGAGACGCAGAUGGCGCAAGUUCAACUUGUGGACCUGGCCGGACGUGAGCAGGAGAAGAGCAGCGUUGACAACAAAGACCGCCUGAAAGAGAGGCAGUUCAUCAAUACCUCCCUUUUUCACCUCACUACCUGCAUUAUCAACCUGUCGAAGGCAUCCAAGGGGCGCAAGAUGAACCUCACCGACUUUGCCUUCCGAAGAAGCCGCCUGACCUUGUUGCUGGCGCACUCGCUCAGCGGCAACUCUCGCACAGGGAUGGUGGCGGCAGUGAGCCCUGCCAGCUCAGACUUGGACGAGACGAUCAGUACUUUGCGCUUUGCUGACAUGGUCAAGCAGAUCAGGCACUUGGUGUCGGGCAAUCCCGAAUUGGCAAGCAGCUUUGUGGCUCUUGUAGGGCUGCAAGUCCCAAAGACCGAGUUUUCGCUGAUCACCAAUGUCAGAAGCUCAGAGCUGAUGCUCUCCUUAUGCUGCACCCUCAAAUUGCCAUUGGACCAGUGGCCUUCUUUCGAGGCACAUGGCAUCACGCAGCUGGCAACUGACAGGAUGGGCAGCGCCGGAUCUGCAUUGCAGAAGCAGGCUCUUGAGGCAACUCCGGAGGAGAUCAAGGCUCUCACGGCAAACCUCUCUGAGGCUGAGCGGCAGAAGGUGUGCGCGGCCCUGGCCGCCGUGGAGGCCAAGGCUGAGCUGACCCAGGAAAAGAAGGAGGACACUGCACCGGCCGCAGAGCCAGCAGCAAUAGAAGCUGCGCCUGCACCGGAAGCCGCGCCAGCAACCGAGCCAGCGGCAGUGGAAGCUGCUCCUGCACCAGAAGCUGCACCAGCUGCCGCAAUGGAAGCUGCCCCUGCACCGCAACCUGCAGCAGAGGAGAAGAAGGAGGAAGCCGCUCCUGCUGCAGAGCCAGCAAAGGAAGCUGCUCCUGCACCGGAGGCUGCAGCCGCCGAGCCAGCAGCAGUGGAAGCUGCCCCUGCACCAGAAGCAGCACCAGCUGCCGCAAUGGAAGCUGCCCCUGCACCGCAACCUGCAGCAGAGGAGAAGAAGGAGGAAGCCGCUCCUGCUGCAGAGCCAGCAAAGGAAGCUGCUCCUGCACCGGAAGCUGCACCAGCCGCCGAGCCAGCAGCAAUGGAAGCUGCCCCUGCACCACAACCUGCAGCGGAGGAGAAGAAGGAGGAAGCCCCUCCAGGUUGGGAGGAGAUGAAGGCAAAGCUCGAG